AUGAAUGAAGAUGAUCUCGACAUGGAUUUGUAUCGUGAGAUAGUCGCCCAUGGUCGUGCAGUUGCCGCGUGUAUUCGUUCUUUGGAGAAGGAAAAUUCGAGUAAAGUCGUUGAUGAUCAGCCGAAGUCUCUCGAGUCAGUCGAACAUGAUAGCUUAGAUACGAUUGCAACAGCAACGUCAACUGAGAGUAGUAAACGUGGUGAAAAUGUUUUAAAAGCACUUGAGAGACGUUAUCAUCUGUUGUAUUUGCGUGCUAUUGAGAUACAAUGUAUGUUUGAAGGUCUUGUUGAUCGUCGAAGUUUUUUGGAAGCUGCUGAAGAUUUUCAUCCCACGCCUAUCGAUACAUCUGAUGAGGAGCCCGCUGCGAAGCUUUUAAAGUUCAAUAACGAAUCAAGUUUCACAUCAUGCAAACAACGCGAUGAUGAAAAGGUAAACGACGCUGACUCGGAAGGCUCUGAAGAAGAUUCUGAAGGUGAAAUGGAAUGUCUUGCGAUUGGUGGUGAUUGUGUUGAUGGAACAACAAUAGUUCCGGUCAAACAACCAACUCCGCCCAAAACACCGUCACCGAAUGAAUCGCCGUUUGAAACACCAAAAGGAACAGUCAUUAAACGUGUAAGACCGAAGGACUUUUCCAAGUUUCAUCGAUCAAAUAGAAAAUCGAAGAACUGUGCCAUAUUUUACUAUAAACAUGUCGACACCGACACAGAUCAAUUGAAUGAUGAGAGUGGAGCUGAGAAACCUUUGGUAUCAAGUGAACCAAGCGAUGAAGAAGUCUGGGAAUUUACGAAUAAUACAAGCAAUGACAUCAGUCCACUGACACCCGAUAAAGAACAUCAUGAAAGUCUCAAUCACGAGGAAUUUAAUUGUUUUCCGUUACAUUUAUCGCCCGAACAACAACAAAAAUGUGAAACUUCUUCACAUGACAUCAAUUCGCAACAACAAAAUGAGAGUUUUGCAUCGAACACAACAAAGUUGAUCAACACAAAAGAAUCAUUGCGUGAGUUGGUGCUUGAGGCUGAAUCAUUUGUUCGUCAGAAGAUUAACGAUCGUACAUCAAAGACGGAAUAUUUCUUUAAUGAAAUUAUCGCAAAAUCGCAACAACAAAAGCAGCAUAAGCAACGACAGAAGAAAUUGAUGGAAAAGAGUCAAAAAGACACGGUGAAAAUAAGUCGCGUUCAGGAAUGGUUGAAACGACACCAAGAAACGUCAGAUGGUAAUGUAAUUAUCACUCAACCUUUGCCGACAACUGAUUGCGAAGCAUCUGGUGAAUACACAACAGAAGAAUCGGGACAUGAAUCAGAUACGUCUGAAGAGAUAACAGAUUCAGUUGCGACAUGUCUUCAAGGCACUGAUCAUCUUCAAACAUCAACAGAGGGACUUGGAUCAGGCGUUGAAAGUGCACCAAUGUAUAAUAAAAUAACUAUGCGUGCUAAAACGACGGGACGGAGAAACUCGGAUCGUCCAUGGUCGGUGUCAUGUCUUUCACAAUUGACGAGAAACUCUCAACAAAGUUUGAUUGAAACGAAAGUAAGAGAAGCAAGCACAGCUUUGGCAAGCUUUUCUAUUAGCGAAUCAGCGUUAAAUUAUUUGACACCUCAAAAAUAUAAAACAACAUCGGAAUCAGAUUCAAAGAAUUGUUUGAAGAAUGGUGGACCAUCAACUGGUAAUAGCAUUGGCAGUAAAAAUUCGUUGAGAAGACGACGAGCAAAGUUACGGAAGAAAUCUUAUUCAUCGUCGAAUAACAACAAACGAAGCGAAUCGGGCUCAGAAGUUCCAUCGUCGGAUGUUUCUCGCAACAUCCUCCGUUCAAUGACAAAAUCUGAAUCGUUCUCAAUGGGCACAUCAUUAAUGGAAGAUCUUUCCGAUGCGAUAUCAAUGAUGACGAUUGUCAAGGACAGCACUCAAAUGAAUUCGCAAGCACAGAAACCGGAAUCAGAUGACGAGCAUGGACAAAGAAUGAUGAAACCUGAUUUUAAAAUCGGAUCGUUAACGAAUGUCUACGCAAAUCCAUCAACCAACUUAGGAUCACUUGCAGCUUUGUCAAAUUACAACAAUGAGAAUAAUUGCGGUGAACAAGAAUUGAAUGAAACAGGAACAGAAAACAUGAGUAGUUUCUCAGAACAAAUGUGGGACAAUUACAUGGAAAAAUACAAUUCGGAAGCUUACAGUGAAGAUCGCGAUGUUGACGGUGCGAGACGUUUGUUGGAAUUUGGUGAUGAUUAUCGCAACUUCAUUGAUUCACAAUCGGAUUGCUGUUCAUCAUUGUCAGCUGCUAACAUCGACUCACUUUCUCCACCAAGAGCGAGAAAAAGUUUCAAUGGCGUUCCACAUCAAAAUGUUAGUCUUUCAAGCAAUGACAAUUCUUUGAAUAUUUUGCGACAACGAAGGAUUCAAGAAUUACCAGAGAUGGAGAGACGACGAAUGAGCAAUGGUGAAGAUCGUAAAGCAUUAAUGGUUGAAAAGUUGCGUCAAAAGUCACAAGAUAUUGAAGCAGUUGUUCCACGACGUCGCUCAGUUCACUCCAAUCCACGUCCCGUAUCAUAUAAAUCAUCGUCUUCCGAUCAUAGCGACAAUGAGAUGAAUGAAGAGAGAAUCUCAGCUUUGAAGAUUCUCAUCGAAUGUAAAGCAAAUCUUGAACGAACCGAAGCCCUUCGAAUGGCAAAUCCACAACUUCUCCGUCCUGAAGAUUAUGUAAGCUUACAAUCAUUCCAUUCCGAAGUCCCUCAAUCGAAUUUUAUGGUUAAACAUGAUGAAAUCAUUGCUACAUGUCGCAAGAGCGUUGAGUGUUUGGAAGCAUUUUUGCGAGCUGGAAGCGGUGAUCCGAAAACUUUGAAGGAUCUGAUCGCAAGCUGGAACAAUUUACUCAACUGGAGCGAAAAUGCGGCAAUUGCUCGUAAACUUCAAGAGGAAAUCAUUUUGCAAAAACAAUCGCUUGAUUUGAUUGUCAUCGACAAUGGGGAAUGUCUUGAUACAGAGGAAGCGAUUCGUGAAAGAAUUCGCGACUUGAAUAAUGCUCGAGAAGAUUUGAUCAAACAUCGAUCGAAUAUGUUGAAGUUGAAUGCAUCAGUUCACAGUUGGUUAACACGUCAAGAAAUGAGUCGAAAUGACGAAACGAAAGUUGUUGAAGAGGCGGACAAUGAUCGAACAACGCAAUCAGAUUUACAGGCAUUUGCCGACGACGAACUUCAUCGACAUUUGAAAGAUGAAAUUGUAUCACUUUAUGCUAAAUGGGAUUCAAUUAACGACCGAAUAUCGUCACGGCUUGAGAACUUGACAAUGUCACUUGUAUGCUGGAAGCAAUUUGAGAAUGGUUUGGUUGAAUUCCAAGAAAAUCUUUCGAAAGAUCGUGGAGCUUUGUUUGGAUUAAAAGGCGCAAUUGAAGAUGGAACACCACCUGAAGAUCUCGUCGAUAGUGUUCAACAAGUUUCUAAACUUCUUAGUGAAAAACUCGAGAACAAAAUUCAACAAACCAUCUCAACAAAUGAGGAUUUAAUGUUGCACCCUGAAGCUGCCUUACAAUUUAUUGCUUCGUCAAAUGGAUCAUUGUCAGACAGUGGAAUCUCAGAUGGUGGCUUCUCAGAACUCUCUGAAAGAGAACGAAGAUUAAUAGCAUUGAAGAAGAUUGCAAAGCAAUUGGAAAAUGCUUUAUCGCCAAGCAGUGAAGUUUUGAAAACGAUUACACAACGAAUGGAAGCAGCUGAAAACGAACUGAAGAUCCUUCAAAAUACUUGCCGUGAACUUAUCGUUCGAACAUCGACGCAAUUACUUCAACAACAAGGAAUCGACAUUCCACCAUCUCUUAAAAACGCACAAUCACAAAUCAAUGUUCAAAUUCCCAUCAUAACAAUAAAGGGAAAAUCAUUGAAACGUUCACCACCGAAAAGAACAGCGAAAAGGAAAUCACCUCACCCAUCAACCGUUAAGCCAACUACUACGACAUCUGCCGUUGCUGGUGGUGGAUUGAAGGGGCAAUCGCGUGCGUCAUGCGAUGAAAUAAACUCGAAGAGUGAUUCUGAUGUCGAUGAUGUUGAUAGCAAACAUUCAUCACGCUGGCGUUUCGUGAAGAGAAUCGUGAAGAUGGCGGUGCCAGUUCAACUUGCUAUCGUUACUCUUUUUUGUUUGGCGUGCUUAUUGGAACCAAGAUGCUGCGAUACUUUAAACAACCUUUCGAUGAGCUUUACGCCACAACUUCGUUAUGUCAAGGGACCUCCACCAACUUAAAGUGUUCGAAUUUUAAAUGAAACAAAUCAAGGGAUUUUAAUUAAUGAAUCACACACAAUUGAAACUCAAAGAAUUUCAUGUGAAACAUGAAUCGAAGCAGAAUCUUUUGAAUCGCUUGUGUUCUCACUGCUGUAGAAUGAGUGAAGUAAGCGCGAAUGAAUUGAGGAAACAAUUGUUGUGAAAAAAUAAUUAUGUGAAUUUUACGUACCUUAAAGCUUAUUUCUAAUUUACCAUUUACAAGAUUUUUAUAAGAAAAUAUAAUUUUUUAAUCCUCCGUUUUGUGUCAAAUGAUGACAACAUGAAUUAAGCUUCUUUUUGAUUUGAUUUUAUUUCUUUCAUUCGCUUUUAGUUCUCUUCGUGCUGAUUGCAUGAAGCAGCAUAUUUGAAACAUUUCAUUUUCCUUUUCUUUUGUAAACUUUUAUCUAGUCUAGCAAAGAUGUAAGGCAAUAAAAUAAAUAUUUAGUGAAGACUCCAAAACUUUUUCUUAAAACAUAAAGAUAAAUAUUUGAUGAAAAAGCAAUCAAUCAUAUAUAAUUAAUCUUAAAAUGUAAUCAAGAUUAAGAUGUAAUUUUUAUGGUUUAAAACUUAAAUGGAAAAAAGAACAAUGAAACUUUUUUGUACUUUAACAGAACUUUCGUAUCUUUUAUCGGAACAUAAGUUUGAAACAAAUAUUUUGGAUAUUUACAACUUUUAAAUAUUUAGGUACUUUGUAAAAAUUUUAAAGAUAUCUUAGCUUGCCUUAAAGUUCGUUUUAAACAUAAUUAAGCUGACUUAAGGAGAAGAGGGGGUGGUUAUUUUUACAAUGAAGAAUAACUCAAAUCAAUUUAUUGCCUUAGGCUCACGUGCCGUCGUUAGACUUCACAUUAAUAUAUUUGUGUAAAUUGUUAACGAUUUUUGAUUCAUUGAGAAGAAAAAUAAUAUUUUUGCAUCAAGAUACAUAGAUUGUCUACAUAUCUAAAUAUUUUUGUACAAUAUUGCCUUCAAAGAAUUUCAAAGUAUCAUUUUUCUUUCUUUUAUCUUUAAAUUUUCUGUUUAGCUAUCUUGAUAGAUAUUUAGAUUUUGAAUUGGAGAAUUAAAAUAGAAGAAAAAACUGUUGGAAAAAAAUAAUAAAAAAAAUAUAAAAGAGAGAAAAAAAAUCAAAAUAAAAAGCUUAAGAAACCGAAAUUAAAAAGAAUUUUUAAUUUUCUAAUAUUUUUCAAUUUCAGCAGAUCGAAACAUUUGUUCUUGUGGGAAAUUUGUUGAAAUGACGUUUGCUUAUUCCCAUUAUGAUUAGAGC